UAAUUCAAAAAGUGUGUAUGUGUCAAGCGCUGGGCAAAGUCGGCAAACAAAGAACCUCGUUUUUACCGUUUUUACUGAUUUUAGCCUUUUCGCCGGAUAAAUCACGAUCUCAGGAUGACGAUGCUGAUGCAGUGGCUGCAAGUGUUGGUGCCGGCUGGCGUCCUCUGGCUCUCGGUCGCCGCCACCUUCCUCAAGGACAAGAGCUUUUUUGAGCAGGAGUCGGCGUUCGUGCAGUUUCUCCUUCUGCUGCCUUUGCUAGCAUUGAUUGCACUUGGGGUGUACGCAGCCGGCACAGUUCUGUACAAAACCUUUACUUUUAAUGAUUGCACGGAAGCUUCAAAGGAUUUGCAAAAAGAUGUUGCAGAGGCCAAGGAAUUCCUCAAAAAGAACAAACUCGUCGACUGAUAAUCAACACUUCUUCCAUUAUAAUGUAAAUUUGUGUAUUAAAUUAAAAUUCCAAACGUA